AUGGAAGAACUGAGAAAUGAUCGUAAUGACGGCGAAACUUUAGAACAAUUUUUUUUAAAAUUUUUAAACAACAGAGCUGACUUACUACAUACUGUACAAUAUAACAAAAAUGCAAAUAAAACAUAUACGCCAUAUACUAACACAGUUAACAAUCAAAAAAAUAAAACAUUUACAGUGACAACCAACAAUAAUCGCAGUAAUAAUUACACUAUAUCUUGUGCGUUAUGCAAACAGAGUCAUCACCUUUUUACUUGUCAGUUAUUUAGAGAUUUGGAUGUGGAUACUCGCAUACAAAAAGUUAAUGGUUACUCCAUAUGUCAAAACUGCUUGCGUCCAGGACAUAAAGAAAAUAAGUGUAAAUUAUCACAUUGUAAAUAUUGUAAGGAGAAACAUAACACACUGUUGCACAAAGAUGUACAUACUGAAACUAUACAUUCAGAAAAUGUUGUCUUAUCAACAAAUAUUGUUCAAACGUCUUCUCAGUCACACAUUUUAUUAUCCACAGCAUUGGUGCAAGUGUCAGACGCUCAAGGACGACUCCAUACUGCGCGUUUGCUGUUGGAUAAUGGAAGUACUUCUCACUUCAUCACACGGCAGCUCUGCGAGAAGCUGGGUCUCGUAAUACGUAACACCAAUUCCACCAUAUCUGGUAUUAAUAACCAGCUUACCGUAAGUGCAGAGUCUUGCAAUCUCACUAUUAAAUCUCGGUCUAGUGAUUAUGGGGUGCGUCUUAACUGUUAUAUAUUGCCUAAUAUAACUCAGUCAUUGCCCUCAACAUACAUAAAUACCGAUAUACAACUUCCCCCUGGAAUUCAGUUAGCUGAUCCGUCUUUCAAUGUUCCAAAUGCGGUUCAAAUCCUAGUCGGAGCUGAAAUAUUUUGGGAUGUCUUAGGUUCUAAUACUAUAAAUCUCGGCAAGCGACAACCUAAGCUUCAGGAGACUAAGUUAGGUUGGAUUGUGACAGGCGUGAUUCACCAGGACCCAGUGACACAUAAUCGUAAUACCAAAAUAAUACGCCAAAACCCAUCAUGCUUUCUCACACAAUGCGAAAAUACACAAUUGACUCGCUUUUGGGAGCUUGAGUCCGUAUCUCCCAGGUAUUCUCAGUCAGCAGAAGAAAGGUUUUGCGAAGAAAGUUUCAAUAAUAAUACACGGCGUGAUAGUCGAGGUAGGUUUGUUGUAACUAUACCACUCAAGGAGUCCCCUGAGGUGUUGGGCGACUCAUACAUGAAAGCACGGAGUCAAUUCCUUUCUCUUGAACGUCGACUGCAACGCGAUGAGACCCUGAAACAAAGGUACGCAGAUUUCAUGCAUGAGUACAUUCUACUAGGACACAUGGAAGAAAAUAAACAAAAAACCGAAAGUAAAUCAUAUUACUUACCUCACCAUGGAAUCACACGGGAAUCCAGCUCCACUACGAAGCUACGUGUUGUCUUCAACGCUUCAGCGUCGACCUCUACCGGUAAAUCAUAUAAUGAAAUACAAUGUAUAGGCCCAGUUGUACAAGAGGACCUCUAUUCUAUUCUUCUUAGAUUUAGGCAACAUAAAUACGUAGUCACUGGUGACAUCGAAAAAAUGUAUAGAGCUAUCUUAGUUACACCCGAACAACGUUCAUUACAACAAAUAUUAUUUCGAUUUAAUACGUCAGACCCUUUAAAGUGUUAUAAAUUAAAUACGGUGACUUAUGGCACCGCGUCGGCACCGUAUUUAGCAACCAAAUGUCUGGCAUCACUAAGUAACGCUUGCUCUGAUCAUAACGCUUCACUUUCAAUACAGAGAGAUUUUUAUGUGGAUGAUUAUUUGAGUGGAGGAGAUACCAUUGAAUCCAUUAAAAAACAAUGUCAAAUUGUAAAGGAAGUAUUAGAAUCUGCUCAUUUUAAUUUACGUAAAUGGCAAUCAAAUAAUAUAGAUUUGUUACGGUCAAUUACCACCGAUAAAAAGUUAAUUGAUACAGAAAAAUCAUUAAAUUUAAAUCAAUAUCAGCCAUGUAAAACUCUCGGUCUGAAUUGGGAUACUAUUUCCGAUAUGUUUUUGUUUACUAUUCAAAUAAAGAACAAUGACGACAAAAUAACGAAACGUAAUGUCCUAUCUCUUACAAGUCAGGUCUUUGAUCCACUUGGCUUGUUGGGUCCAUGCACAGUCCGAGCUAAACUGAUCAUACAACAGUUAUGGAAAAUUCAAUGUGGCUGGGAUGAUGAAAUUCCAGAAGCGAUAAAAAAAGAAUUCAUAGAUUUUAUCGAUUCUUACCUUUGUUAA